AUGAACAGUUUUAAUGAGGCAAUGUAUGCAGGUGUUCCCCUUCUUUGUAUUCCAAAAUUUGCUGAUAUGUUUCACCUUUCUUCUAUAGCUGAAUAUUUGGGUAUCGGUAAAUUUGUAUGGGCGUCUAGGAAAGUGAAAAGGUGGGCGUGGUGGUGGCGGCGGUGGUGGUCAAAAAAAGGGAAACUGGUCAAGAAAGCGAUUAAAAAUCCAAAUUUUAUAAAUGAUUUUUCUGAGGCUUUGGAAGAAAUGAUAAGCGGAGAGUAAGACAUAAAUUUAUAAAAAACAUUUAAUUUUAUAAAAAAUUUUCCUCAGUUAUUACUUUUUCAAGGCAAUAUCCUUUUGUUUACAUUUGGAUAGCCAACCGAUACUCAAAAAUUGAAAUUACAUAUACAGGGUGCGGCAUAAGUAACCGGACACUUUCUUUCUCUCAUAACUUUAUUAAAACACAAUCAAAUAAAAUCAAAAUACAAUCAAAUGAUAGAGAAUUAAAUAAG